AUGUCAUCGUCGACAGUCGACACUUGUGACAUACUAGUUGAAGAGUACAAUCGAUUGCCAGAGCCACUACCUUGGCGGCAACCACUUUCUGCUGAUAGAGCCAAUCAAGCAGAGCUCUACAACUCGAGCUUGAGUUUCAGCUACUGUGACAUCGUCAGUGGCCCUCAAGACACACAUCCGAGCAGCGAGCGGCAACCAGGCUCGAGCGGCAUCGAACAACGCUUGGCGACCGCCAGCAAGCCGGAAAUACGCCGACGAAUGUUGGCAUCCGCAUCUAACAUUGAUUUGGACGGGUUAUUCUGUCUCGCUCGGACCGGGUGCCACCUUGCGCCAACGAGACUUUUGAGGCAAAUUCGCAGAGGAUUCGCAAACCGCGGCUCGCGAGACAUGCAUCGAUAG